AUGCCUGGCCCCGUGGACACCGCCAAGACCAUUACGAAGAAGCGCAAGAGAAAGCACGCCGCUCGCGGCGGAGCAGAUGAUGAGGAAGUGGCCAAGCCAGUCAAGGCUCAGUCAAGCCCUGCAGUGAAAGAGAAGAAGGCAGCCGCCUCUGUGAAACCUGCAUCGGACAAAUCUACCAAGAAGCGCAAAGUGGACCAUUCCUCCAGUGCGGAUGAGGGAAGCGACAGCGAGGCCGAGGAGGUCGAAGUUGCUGAAGAGGCCGAGGACUCUGAUGAUGUGAAGGAGAAUAAUGAUGAUGACAAGGACAAUGUGGAAGAGGUCAAUGGAAAGAACGAAGAUCUUCCCGGCAUGGAUCAAGUUCGCCUGCCGCAGAUCGAGGGUGAGCUGAAGAAGUUCACCGAGUUGAACCUUUCCGAGAAGACCAUGAAGGGCAUUCAAGAUAUGGGCUUCGAGACGAUGACGGAAAUUCAGCAGCGGACUAUCCCUCCCCUCUUGGCCGGUCGCGAUGUGCUGGGUGCUGCCAAGACUGGUUCCGGAAAGACUCUGUCCUUCCUGAUUCCUGCUGUGGAGAUGCUGAGCGCUCUGCGCUUCAAGCCUCGCAAUGGUACCGGUGUGCUCGUUGUAUCACCUACCCGAGAGUUGGCUCUCCAGAUCUUCGGUGUUGCUCGUGAGCUCAUGGCGCACCACUCGCAAACGUAUGGUAUCGUGAUCGGCGGCGCAAACCGCCGCGCUGAGGCCGAGAAGCUGGUCAAGGGUGUCAACCUGCUGAUCGCGACCCCCGGUCGUCUGCUCGACCAUCUCCAAAACACUCAAGGUUUUGUCUUCAAGAACCUGAAGACUCUGGUCAUUGAUGAGGCUGAUCGUAUCCUGGAAGUCGGAUUCGAGGACGAGAUGCGCCAGAUUGUCAAGAUCUUGCCCACAGAAGAGCGCCAAACCAUGCUUUUCUCCGCUACGCAAACAACAAAGGUCGAGGAUUUGGCGCGUAUUUCCCUGCGCCCCGGCCCCUUAUACAUCAACGUGGAUCACCGCAAGGAGCACUCGACCGUGGAGGGCCUGGAACAGGGUUACGUGCUGUGUGAAGCCGACAAACGAUUCUUGCUUCUCUUUUCCUUCCUGAAGCGCAACCUUAAGAAGAAGAUCAUUGUCUUCUUCUCCAGCUGUAACUGUGUCAAGUACCACGCUGAACUUCUCAACUACAUCGAUCUCCCCGUUUUGGAGCUGCAUGGCAAGCAAAAGCAGCAGAAACGGACCAACACCUUUUUUGAAUUCUGCAACGCCAAGCAGGGUACAUUGAUCUGUACCGACGUCGCUGCUCGUGGUCUCGAUAUCCCUGCCGUCGACUGGAUUAUCCAAUUCGAUCCCCCAGAUGACCCGCGCGACUACAUUCACCGUGUGGGUCGGACAGCUCGAGGUGCCAACGGCAAGGGCCGCAGUCUGAUGUUCCUGCAACCAUCAGAGGUUGGGUUCCUGAAGCACCUCAAGGAGGCCCGUGUGCCUGUCGUGGAGUUUGAGUUCCCCAACUCAAAGAUUGUUAAUGUUCAGUCCCAGCUGGAGAAGCUGAUUGGACAAAAUUACUAUCUGAACAAGUCGGCCAAGGAAGGCUACCGGUCCUACCUCCAAGCCUACGCCUCGCACUCUCUCCGGUCGGUAUUCGAUGUACACAAGUUGGAUUUGGUCAAGGUGGCCAAGGGCUUCGGUUUCUCUGCUCCGCCUCGGAUUGACAUUUCCCUGGGCGCGAGUCUGGGCCGGGACAAGAAGCAGGAACAGCAAGGCCGCCGGACGUAUGGUAGCCAGCCCAAGGGUGGCAAGGGCUUGAAAUUCAAGCGCAAGCACGAUGACUAG